AGAAUUUUGGCAUUGUGAAUUCAGAAAAUGGCUGGAAGUGAAAAAUCACAUGAACUACAGCAUCACCGCUUGAGGAUGUUGAAAGAACAGCAGAAUGGUAAUGCCACAGAUCUCUUGACAUUGAAUGAGAAGAAAGCGAGGGAUCGUGAGGAAAGGGAGACUCUUGUUUUAUGGAGGCGACCAAUGAUCACCCUGCAGUACUUUCUCUUGGAAACUGUUGUAAAUUUAAAAGAAUGGGCAUUAAGGUUGUGGCAGCGACGACAGUUUGUCUUCGUCACUCUGUUAUUGUUUGCUGUUGCUACAGUUGCCUACUAUGUUGAAGGUGGGCAUCAACAGUAUGUACGUUUUGUGGAAAAGAAGUUUUUGUGGUGUGCCUACUGGGUAGGCUUGGGCAUUCUGUCUUCUGUUGGACUUGGCACCGGUCUGCACACGUUUCUGCUGUAUUUA